AAUGAAGGAAAUUUAUUGACAGUAAAACGCUAUUUACAGGGACAGUGUCUUUACAAAGCAGUACAUGUAUAGAAACAGGAAAAACACACACUGGUGGCGCACUCGAUCAAAGGGCAGAGGGAUAUUGGAGUUAGGAGUGUUUUGCCGGAAACUGAAAAGGAACAUAAAUGGGAAUUUAACGAGAGUUGGAGCGCUUACUUGGUACAGUCUGACAAUACAACCUUCCAGAAAGUUGUCAGAAGCCAGACAAGGUGGCACGGAGAGAGACUGAGAGGCGGAAUGAGGACUAAAACUCCGUACAGCCUUGAAAGAUGAUUUCCACAGACUCUAGUAGGCAGGCGGGGAGGUACACAGGCACUCUUGAAAGAACAAUAUUCUGACACUAGGCAUGUGUCGUGCCGUUCCUUAAGAACGCUUCUGACGAAAGCGUCUGAUGAAUAACAGGUGUACCAGAGGCUCAGUGAAUCGCUGCCCCGCCUACCUGUGCCGAAAAAGGAGACACAAGAAACACAAACAAAAAACUCCACACAACCAUAAUCCUGCUCCUAAUAGUGGCUUGUUGUUUACUGGAAAUGUUGUGAGUUCAUCCGAUGGUCUAAGCACUGACAGUGAAUAUUGUUUUCUUCCUUUGUCCAGCUGUGAUCAGGGUUUGCACAUCUGUCCUGUUCACUCUCUGCUUUGAAUCUGUGAUAAAGUUAAAGGCAGAGCUGCAGCAGGACUCACUGAUAGCUUCCUGAUUCUCCUUUUCUCAUUACUGUCAGCAGGAGGUCAACUUUUCUCUUUCUCUUAAUGCUCUGACUUUAAUUUUGUCUGUUCCUAUUAGAGCUGCUUACCUCCCUGUGACCAUCAUCAUCACCAUCAUCAUGGAUGCUGCUGACGCUCUGGUUGAUAGAUUCUUCUCUUGGGUGGAGCUACAGAAAGAAUGUGCUGACAAACUGGACAAACUGGCUGAUGAGUUGGAGGAAACACAGAAGAAUGUUAACACUGCUAAAGUUGUGGGCAGUUCUCUAUCUGUGGGUGGAGCCGCUGCCAUGACUGCAGCAGGUGUAGCAACCAUGAUCACAGGUGGAGCAGCACUACCUGUUAUAGCUAUGGCAGGUGGAGCAGCAUCCUGGGCUGGUUUAGCUACUGACGCAUCGUGUGAUGUUGUAAAUCUCACCAGAGCAGAAAAAACCUCGGAAGAGGCUGAAGAAGUUGUAGAGAAGAUUGAGAAUCUUCAUGAGGAGAUUGACAAACUUUUGGAGUCACUGAAAAAGGAAUUUCAGAAGAAAGAAGAUCACGAUGACUCCUGUAGUGAUGAUCACCUGAUGGAGAGCAUCCUGAGAGAAAUGGCCAAACAAAUCUCGGUCACUGCAACAGUCAUAGCCAAGUCUGUGAGAAAGUUACUGACAAAAGGAGGAACAAAAGCAGCAAAGGGAGUAGCGAAGAGUGUAGCUGGAAAAACAGCAGGAAAAGCUGUGGGACGUAUGGCAGGAGGAAUACUUGGACUUCUGUUCUCAGUUCCAGAGCUGAUUGAGAACUGGAACAACAUGGACAUCUGUGAGACAGAAGCCAGUAAGAGCCUGAAAGAGAACGCUAAGGCCAUACGGACCGAGUCUGAGAACAUGAAGAAAGACCUUCAGGAAAUCCUAAAUGUCUUUCGGAGGUUAGCUAAAGUUAAAGACUGCAUAGACAACAGGACGAGGAGCAGCGAUGACAAGAAAGAAUUAAUAGAGUUUGCAGUGGAACAUUGCAAAGAUGAAGAUGCUCUGCAGUGGCUGAGAGAAAACUCAGAGUUUGAAACUUUCUUCAAACUCAUUGAUUUGUUUCGAUUCUUGACAAAAAAAAAGGAAGAAAAGAAGCUCCACUCCAACAACAUUGACAUCACCUUUGUAGCACAUGGAUCGAUCACAGACUCCAUGAUAUCAGCCAACUGUUUGCUGCCUCUGUCCAAAAUCACUGAUGUGGUCCUGUACUCUCCCUGGAACUGUGCCAUCGAUGCUAAAGUAGCCUACGGUGUUGCUACAGGACUCAUAGAGCCUCAGCACAGAGUUUUCAGCUGUGAAACUCCUGAUCAGGAACGUUGUUGCUGCUGUCAUUGUCGCUCCUGUAGAAAUAAAAAAGUCUGUGAAGUUCCUGAUGCAGAUCAUCAACCCACAAAACGUCCAGAUGAGUGGAACUCCAUGACGAAGGCUGGAGAUCGAAAGAUUCCUAACAUCAUGCUGCGUCCACUACGACAACGCAAGGACGGUGCUUGGAAAAAUUUUGAGAUUCUCAAGGAUAAGUAUUGUGAACCUGAGGGAAACCGCAUCAUUGUCCCAUUUAUCCUCCCAGGGAGGAGAAAAGAAGAAGUCCCAUUCUUUGUUGUCUCCUUGGCUCUGUCUCAGGUGCUCCUGUUCUCCAGGUUUCAAGCCACACUCCAUCUCACUGCCUGUUUGGGAAAAAUAUCCAGAGAGAUAAAAAUUGAUGAAGACACCCUGAAGGAGCAGUAUGCCUGCACCAUCGACAGCACAAGAAUGACAUCUUCACAAGGAAAGCCACGACAAAAGAACAAAAGAUUGUUCAAAGCUUUUAAAGUUCUGUUUGGUUAGACAUCCUGCAUUUCUCAAAGAUGAAAGAAAUUGUAGAGUCAUAAGGUGUUGAAAGUUAUUCUUUGUCACAUACCCACCUUGGUCAGUCAGACCAUCUUUUUUCUUCUCCAUUUCCCCGCACACAAAAACCUUAAGACCAACGGGCAGAACUGCUAAAGUUUGGCUGGAGGGAGCUGUCUCUUAUCUACAGGACUCUUCCAUUCUGUCACUUGAAAACACUGAAUUCAAAAUCUGUCCCCUGAUCUGGAGGAAAACACAUCAUCCGUGCUGUCCUACAUUAACUUCACUGUAGGUGUAUCCAAAUGAGAAACCGUGGAUAAACAGUGAAAUCAAGUGACACCAGGUUUCAAAUGUGCAAACUAUGAAUAGAGGAGGACCUUAGUGCUAAUACCUGUAAUACCUGUACAUCACAGAUGUUCACACAAAUCAACGACUCUGUCAGCAUGGUAGAGGAACUCAACUGCUUUUUUGCACGAUUUCAUAGCUGCAGUCACAACCCAGUCAUAAACCAACAGGUGACAACCCAAGGUCCCCUCCUCUACUCACUCAUCAGCUCAUCAGGUACAGCUGCCUCUCUGUACCAUCAACACAAGGAAAGCAGCCGGUCCUGAUGGAGCGCAUGGAUGCUUGCUACAGGCCUGUGCUAACCAACUAACAGAGAUCAUCAAAAGAUUUAGAGAAACCGGAGAUGUCUCUGCGCACAAGGCCCAAGACCUUCAUUGGAAACCCGAGGUCUUCGGGCCCUCUGACAACAUUCCAUUACUCAUCGGCGUGAUUGCGUCCCUGACAUUACUAAAUGGGCCCAGGAAUACUUCCAGAAACCACUGUUGGUAAACACAAUCCACCGUGCCAUCUACAGAUGCCAACUAAAUCUCUGUCAUGCACAAAGGAAGUCAUAUUUGAACAUGCUCAGUUCAAAAGCCAGCGUCUCUGAUGGUAUGGAGUGCAUAAGUGCAUAUUGUUUGGGUAGCUGACAUGUUUUGAAAGCAACUAUGAAUGCUGAAAGGUGUAUAAAGGUUUCACAGCAACAUGUGCUCUCCUCCAGAUGACGUGUAUUUCAGCAGGACAAACCACAUGCAGCUGUUACAUCAGCAUGGCUUUGUCAGAGACAAGUCCAGGUGCUGAAUUGGCCUGCCCCAUCAGUCCCAGAUAGAGAAGAUUUGGCACAUCAAUUAAAAAAAUAUAUGUCAAAGACUACCAUGAGCUCUUCGGCAGGUGGAAACCUAUAUCAGGAAAGAAUGGGACUCAAUUCCACCCCAAACCUCCAGAAACAAUAACGCUGAUCCCCAGGUAUCUUCAGACUGUUUGAAAAGAAGAGGGGAUGUUACACCGUGGUAAACAUGCCCCACCCUGAUUAUUCUGAGACCUGUAGCAAAUAUCCAAUCUGAAAUGAGCCCAUUUUGUGUAUAAAAUAGUAAAAUGUCUCCAUUUAAAUGUUGGUUGUGUUAUUUAUGUACUGUUGUGAAUGAAAUAUUGGCUUGGAUGAUUUGAAAGUCUUGUUUUUCAUUUCUCUCAAAUUUAAAGAACGUCGCAACUUCUCUGGAGUUCGGGUUGUAUCUAACUGUUGUGCAGCAUGUGAGGGAGUACAUCUAUAAUUUUAGCAUGCUUGCAUAAUAACAAAACAUUUUGAUGACCUACAACAAAGAGCUGAAGCAAAUAGACACAUAAAUAUCUUUUCCCAGGUUUCUUUAUCCAGUUUCAGCCAACAAUGCAAACAAGACUUGCAGCUAAUAGUGGUGGAAGGGGACAAGCUAAAGAAGGUGAACAAAAAUCGUUGGUAAAAACAGACAAAACUGAGAAAACAACAGUGGACGGGAUGGUGGCUGAGGAGCACACUGUCUGUAAUGAUGCCCAUGACCUAAACUUGGCAGUGGACGUGGAAGAUAGAAUUGUCGCCAUCUGCACAGACAUUAGGUUGAUGGCUGCAGAGGUGAUGUCUGAAGCUAGGCAACAUAAUAACCAAUCUGAAGACAACAGCUGACAGCGUGGGGGAAACUUUGUAUACUUUCACAUGAAUACCCUGCAGAAAUGUUGGGAAAGAGUCGCAUCAGAUGGAGAAUUGCAUCACAUUUUACAUUUUAUUAGCCCUAAAUUAAAGUAUGUCCAGAUGGGUGAAAGUUACCUUCUACUGAGAGAAGGUAACAACGCUAACACAGACUGUACUUGGAAGUGAGAUUGACUUUUCUUUUGUAUGAAAUAUUCUGAGCAGCUUACCUGUCAAAGAUAAAUACCUUAAGGAUUUUGGUUCAGCCAGUAACAAAAGAACAGUUUUGACCACGAAUGGUUGAAAUGUGACCCAACUAAGAAUGACUAGACUGUUGAGUAAUAUUGAGACAAAUACUUUUUUUUUUCCAAUUUACAGGCGGAUCCAUUCCCUAAAAAAAUCAUUGAAAUGGAUGCAUUAUAUAUACCAAUCAUAUAUCUCUAGUGCUACUCUGAAUACAUGUGUGACCAACAGGUGCUGUGCCUCAGUUUGUUCUAUUUGUGAAAAAUAAAACUUUUUCUUUUUUUAGUGCAUGCUGAAUCUUGAAUACUGAGUGAUACUGAAAAGCAGAAAAUUGUUCUGAGUUCAGAAAAAUCCAAAUGUGAACUUCUCUUUGAAAAAUAUGGACACUGUGUCCUCGGGGCUGAAGAGAGGAGGGACCACCCAGCGUGAGGGGAAAAUAGCAGAAAGAAUGGAGUUAGUGAGCUGCUCUCUGUAAAGGCCAGAGCCCCAGAGGGCCCAGUGCCUCUGUCUUCAGUUAUGUUCGGUUUCUGUUAGCACGUGACCCUGGAGAUCUUUUGGUCUUAAAAUAAAUUACUAAUUUUAUUUAUUGAUUAAACAGAAGUGUGAGUGACAUUUGCACAUAAAUAAGUGACAUAAUAUUCAGUACUUAGUUUUAAGAGUUUACUCUUUGGCCGCCCCACUUCAGCCAUCUGCUGGUUUUUUUUGUUUUUUUCGAAAAAAUUGUCCACACCCACCGCCGCGCUAUGAAUUCUGGGAUAGGUUUGGGCCACAAGGGAUACACCCGACCCAUCCUUCAAAUUUGGGGAAAUGAAGGACGGAUUUGUCGGCAGCAUUUGGAGCAGCCUUCGAUUUGGGACAGCCUUCGUCGCAUGGUGACAUAAUCGGACUUCAAAUGUGGCCUCCGAAGGAUGCAGCCCCUGAAUUGGGAUUCAGCGGGGGUGUCUAAAUUCAUAGGAUGCAUCCUCCUAAGGACCUGGCCUUCGCAGUCUACGUGGGCCGGGUCCUCUGAAGACCGGGUAGGCCGGAAGUGAGCGGCUGUGAAAUGGGACGGUCUAGCCUUCAGAUUUGCGUCACCGCUGUCUUGUUGGAGUUUAAUAACCUUAGCGGUCUGCUCCUUGGUAUCUAAAAUAUAAGAGGACACUGGUGUAAACUCUCAACCAUCUCACUGUCUGAUAACAAAGAACAUUAAAACAUUACUGUUGGCCACAUGUCGGCAAAGUUAUGUGACAUUAGUGAUGUUUGUACUUUCAGCGUCGGCGUAUAUUUUAAAGGCUUUAAAAUAUACGCCAU